CGGGGGUGCUCUACGGAGGGGACGAUGCCCAGGGCAUGAUGGCGGCGAUGCUGUCCCACGCCUACGGCCCCGGCGGCUGCGGGGCGGCGGCGGCGGCCGCCCUAAAUGGGGAGCAGGCGGCCCUGCUCCGGAGGAAGAGCGUCAACACCACCGAGUGUGUCCCGGUGCCCAGCUCCGAGCAUGUCGCCGAGAUUGUCGGUCGCCAGGGUUGUAAAAUUAAAGCACUGAGAGCCAAGACAAACACAUAUAUCAAGACACCUGUUCGUGGUGAGGAGCCCAUUUUUGUUGUCACUGGACGGAAAGAAGAUGUUGCCAUGGCCAAAAGAGAGAUUCUCUCAGCUGCAGAGCACUUCUCCAUGAUUCGUGCAUCUCGAAACAAAAAUGGCCCUGCCCUGGGAGGAUUGUCGUGUAGUCCAAAUCUGCCCGGUCAAACCACCGUUCAAGUGAGGGUCCCCUAUCGUGUCGUGGGAUUGGUAGUUGGACCGAAAGGAGCAACUAUUAAAAGAAUUCAGCAGCAGACCCACACAUACAUAGUAACUCCAAGCAGAGAUAAGGAGCCUGUCUUUGAAGUGACAGGGAUGCCCGAAAAUGUCGACCGAGCGCGAGAAGAAAUAGAAAUGCAUAUUGCCAUGCGUACAGGAAACUAUAUUGAGCUCAACGAAGAGAAUGAUUUCCAUUACAACGGUACCGAUGUAAGCUUUGAAGGUGGCACUCUUGGCUCCGCGUGGCUCUCCUCCAAUCCGGUUCCUCCGAGCCGCGCAAGAAUGAUCUCCAAUUACCGAAACGAUAGUUCCAGUUCUCUGGGAAGCGGCUCCACAGAUUCCUACUUUGGAAGCAAUAGGCUGGCUGACUUUAGUCCAACGAGCCCAUUUAGCACAGGGAACUUUUGGUUUGGAGAUACACUACCAUCUGUAGGCUCAGAAGAUCUUGCGGUUGAUUCUCCUGCCUUUGACUCUUUACCAACAUCUGCUCAAACUAUCUGGACCCCCUUUGAACCAGUUAACCCACUCUCUGGCUUUGGGAGUGAUCCUUCUGGUAACAUGAAGACUCAGCGUAGAGGAAGUCAGCCAUCUACUCCUCGUCUGUCUCCUACGUUUCCCGAGAGCAUUGAACACCCACUUGCUCGGAGGGUUAGGAGCGACCCACCUAGUACAGGCAACCAUGUCGGCCUUCCAAUAUACAUCCCUGCUUUUUCUAAUGGUACCAAUAGUUACUCUUCUUCCAAUGGUGGUUCCACCUCUAGCUCACCUCCAGAAUCGAGACGAAAGCACGAUUGUGUGAUUUGCUUUGAGAAUGAAGUUAUUGCUGCCCUAGUUCCAUGUGGCCACAACCUCUUCUGCAUGGAAUGUGCCAACAAGAUCUGUGAAAAGAGAACGCCAUCAUGUCCAGUUUGCCAGACAGCUGUUACUCAGGCAAUCCAAAUUCACUCUUAACUAUAUAUAUAUACAUAAAUACUAUAUCUCUAUAUGGACUCGUAAAGGCAUGGGUAUAAUGGUACCCCCAGUAAACUUCCUAAUGAAUUCUUAUGACUGUUAUCAGGCUUUAUUGGGAUUAGGCUAAAGUUGUUAGUAAACUUAUAAAAGGCUGCUAUGGUAACACUAAA